AUGAAAAAUGACCAAGACGGGUCGUCGUGCUUACCCAAGCAUGUGUACGCAAACCCGAAGGAACCAUCCAUAUGCGCAGUGCUGAGCGGACAUGUGAGAACGAGCGCGACCGUUUUGCCGCAAUGGGUUUGUCCGUUGAUGACGUGGGAACGCACUCCUUUCGUAAGGGGGUUUCGACUGCGCUCUCCAACACUCCUGGUGGACCUCAAGCAGUUUCAGUGUGGUUACGGGCUGGGUGGAGCCUGGGCAGCGUUCAGAAACGAUACAUUUUUGCUGGUGCUGGAGGUGACCAACAUGUUGGACGAGCAGCAGCGGUCGUUCUACCCAUCGACGUUUCGUUGUGUGCUUCCAUUCCUCCUCGCAUCCAUCGUCCACCACCAGGAAUGGCUUCGAUCAACGCUCCAUACGUCACACCCAUUGUUUCUGUCGCUGUUGUGGACGUCCGGUGUGGUCCAGCAACUCACACCACGGUGGACAUGGAAUGGAAAAAUCCACGCCGUCCCACAAGGGUUUGAGUUUCCAACAUGCAAAGUCAUAGAUUUGUGGAACCUGUGGUGGCUUGGGAUUCCCACGGAAAAGAUCGGCCCCCUUCGGCGGUUAAAGACCUGGGACAUUUCCAGGGCGGGUGCUGGGAACCUCUCCAAAGCGCGUCAUGUUAUCAACACCAUUGUGUCCUUCUCAAACCUGAGUGGCAGCGACAUGGAGCGCUUGGCGCUGUCCAAGCUCCACGAACAAUUUCGCCCAUGUUUCUUACGUGCCUCACAGUGGACGUAUGGUGAAAUGACAUCGGAGGAGUUGCGGCACCAGACCAAGUCGCUGCUGGAAAUGGCCAAGGCCUCACAAAAACAAUAA